AUGUGCGCAGUUGCGGCUGUGCUCGAAGCAUACGCGGUGAAGCGCAGCGGCUGGGAUCGAGAGAAGACCCUCGCUGACAUCACUCAUCGCCUCAGUCCGAGUGAAACUAACGAUGGUCCCAGCUCGAUCCCCAGCUGCCAGCUCCACAGUACAGGUUAUCGUACUCUUGUAGUGCGAGCCUCCCAAAAUAUCCUGAAACUGGGCCAAGGCGAAAGCAGUAUGUCGCUCGACAAGCAUUUGUUCGAGUUAAAGUUUGCUGCCAAGCAAUUGGAGAAGAGCGCACAACGGUGUGAGAAGCAGGAAAAGAUUGAGAAGGAUAAGCUUACUGCCGCUAUUAAGAAAGGAAAUAUGGAAGUCGCUCAAGUACACGCUGAAAACGCAAUACGCAAGAAGAAUGAGGCGGUAAACUAUAUUCGUAUGGCUGCUCGAAUAGAUGCUGUUGCUGCUCGCGUACAAACGGCAGCCACGCAGAAACGGGUUACCAGCAGCAUGAGUGGUGUAGUAAAAGCAAUGGAAAGCGCUAUGAAAACUAUGAAUCUUGAAAAGGUCCAGCAACUUAUGGACCGGUUCGAACGCGAUUUCGAAAACCUUGAUGUUCACACCGCUACCAUGGAACGUACAAUGGACGGUACUACGGUACUCAAUGCACCUAAGUCUCAAGUUGAUGCACUCAUUGCUGAAGCAGCAGACAAAGCUGGCAUCGAACUCAAUGCUGAACUACCAUCUAAUGUACCGUCAACUGUUCCAACUGCAGCUCAAUCCGUUGCUGAUGAUACAGACUUAACCCAACGCUUGGCGGCACUACGUAAUAUGUAG